CGAUCGAUGGAGCGUCCCGAGUCACAGUCACGGCGUCAUGCAAGUCGUGAACAGUCACAAGUGCGAGUGAAGAAGGCAGACAGACAGACAGACAGAUCUCACCCUUUUGCUCGCAAACGCCGCCCUUCACCGCUUCUUCAUCCACCCUGUCUGGAAACCCCCUCCGCACACACAACGCCCACGCCCACGCAACCCCAAGCCACCCCCACCCCUCUGCCCUCACUCACAACUUGCUCCGACAGCUAAAUGUCGGGCAGCAGCAGCAACAGCGCGCUUGCAGCGCGUCAAUGCGACGCAAUCUACAACGCCUUGGACUCUUCCAACGACCGCAAAGCGCUGACAUUGGCUGACCAGCUCAUCCAGCGUACCCGCUCUCCAUCCUCCUCCUCCUCCUCCUCCCCCUCUUCAGCAAACGACACGCGAUUGCUGGCGAGCGCGCUGAGAUGCAUCGCGCUGGUCAGGCUUGCGAAUGAAAAGGCGGACGAAGCGUUGGAUGAGAUGUUGAGGCCCAUCCUCUCGCCGCCAUCCGCCGCCACCACCACCUCCUCCCCUGCUGCUGCUGCUGCUGCUACACACACCGCACCACGCGCGCACGAUGGAAAUGUGCUGCACGCGCUGUGCAUUGCGCUCUCUGCCAGGGGCAGGCUGGCAGAAGAGGCAGAGGUGGCGUGUCUGCAAGCCGAGCAAACGCCCCGCUCGCUCGACUUGGGCAAAAAGGCAAUCUUGGCGUGCGCGCGAGCUUCCGCUUGGCAAAAGAUGCACUUGUUGGGCAUAAAGUACUACAAGAACCUCAACAAGGCAGCUGAAACGGAGAAAAAGGAAGCGGUGAGGCGCGGUAUGAGGAGCGAAUCGGAUUGGUUCUUUUGGAGCGCAGUGACGGCUUAUCUGCUGUUGGAUAGGAAACCAAAGGAGAGGGGUGCGGCACUGGCCUUGCCGUUGGCCAAUAGGAUCGUCGAACAGCACCUCACCUCUUUUCCCCUCGGAAGCACUUCGGAGGAAGAAGUGUGGGUGGCGGUGCAGCUCAAACACAGGCUGGCGGCCAGGGAAGGCAGCAGCAGCAGCAGCAGCGGGCAUGGCUUGAGGGCUGCUGCUCUGGGCCACUUGACGAGCAGCACGGGGGAUGUGCUGGUCAGCAAGAAUCUGGGUCUUGAAGAGCUGAGAAGAGCGUUGCGCGAGCAAGUGGCGGAUGGAGAAGCUUGGAAAGAUGUGUGGAAGGAAGCGCGUGCCAAGUUGAUGGCAAGCUCCUCGAGCAGGAACUGGGCUCACGUGAUGGCCGUCGUCAGAGCUGCGAUGGAGCGGCCCGCAGAGCUGCUGCUCGACACGCAGCUCCUCGUUCGAUCUCUCGCAGCAACCAGCAACGACCGAACGUCCAGCUUGACCAGGCUGCACUUUGUCAGCGAGGCGCGCAACAAGGAUCUCGCGGGCUCCCUCUACCCCGACGCUUCACCGCAAGAGGCGCAGCAGAGGUCUGUGACAGAGCUACGAGCGGCUAUAGAGCAGCAUCUCGCACACUUUUCCAGUCUGGCUUGCACGUAUCAGGAUCUCUAUGCGUACGCUGCUCACUUGCCAGCGCAGCACAUCCAACAGCUAAGCGCAUCAUGGAAGGGCCGAUUGCAGUCUUGGCCCUCCAAAGAUGCUCGGCCAAUCUUGAGCGACUUGAAGGCAAUGUACACGCAUUUGAACUUGCUCAGGUUGGCAUUGCGCUUCGAUACGCAAAGGGACGCGCCUGCGGAGGAUGGGGACCUCGAGACGCUGCAGAGCUUGAGCACGUGGUGCUUGGCAGGCUACGACUCUGCUUUGCAGCUGGGCAAAGACGUGGCCACGACAGAGAUGCAGCCGGCAGACGAGUACAUUUACCUGUACGCUCAAGUCCUUCUUCGCGCAGCGCCGCCUCGCACGCCCGAUGCAUCCAGCGCGGCGGCAAGGGCCCCUGCCCCAUCCGCCGCGAGCAUCCUGCAUCUUCUGGCCCUUCUUGCCCGCUCUCUCGAAGCGAGUCCCAAAUCGUACAAGUUGCGCAUCCUCUUCGUCUUGCUGCAUCGACUGCUAGGAGCAGACGCGCUUGCCGAAGAGGCCGCUGAUCAGAUAGGAAUCAAGGGUGUGCAAUUAGACACGCUCGGCUGGGUGUUCCAGAGGCGUUUGAAUGUACCGCUUGGCCAAGUCGCCAGGGCGGGCGACAAGGAGCAGGAAAGGGUCAAGCGAAGCAAAGUCUACGCUAGGAUCUCGGAGCUCUACAAGGAGAACAAGAAGGAUCUUCCAAAAAUGAUCGCCUCUACGAUAGAAAAUGGGACGUGGUCGAGGACAGAAGAAUUUGUGGAUUUCAGCGAGCGCUUAGAGAGGUCCAUCUCGCGUUGUCUAUUCGAAAUGGAGCGGAUCCGAGCAGGUGGCCUCGACCACGUCGAGGUGGACAGGGUGCUCAAAGACGUGCAAGGCUGGAUCGAAGACGGUCUUCACGACCAGAGAGACUUUGACAUUUUGCCUGCGCAUACCUCUGAACCGAUCUGGGACACCAUCUCCGCUGCCAGGACGUGCGGAGCAGCAAAGUCCAAUCCAGGCGUAUCCUACGUCAAAGCCUUCGCACACUUCUGCGCGAUAACAAACAGCGCCAUCCAUGCCGAUUCAGAACGGGUAGAGUUGGCAGAAUUGACCUCCGCCGAGAGGGGGCUAGUCGAAUUGGUCAAUGUCUCGCGUACCGGCACGGCCGGCGAGAUUGGGCAACAGCUGGACAGCUUCCUACGAGAUCGAAAUGCAGAGGUGCUCACUGCUUCGUUGCCAUGCCAAUUGCUUCAUAAUCUGGCAAUUUUGCAGGAGGUGAGGUCUGCGUCUUAUCUUGCAAUCCUCAUCGAGACGGCGCUGACGACUUCUCGACCCCGCUUGUCGCGCCAGGCUCUUCAAGCACUCCACUCCAUCAAGUCCUCCAAUACAGAUUUGGUGGCCGUCCUGCAAGGCGAGGCUAUCAAAGGCCUGCUGCGCGAAUUACAAGCAAGCGCUUCAGAGACUGCCCCGCGACUUUCGAGCGAGAUUCUGCGAGCCUCUGAUCUCGAAGGCUCAGAGCCGCUGGCGCCCACUGCGGCGCCACACUUCGACAGGGUGAAAGCAAACGCGCAUAUAGCCUUCGAGCAGGCCUUGGACUACCUUGUUGAGAGUGUGCAAGAGCACAUCGACAGAUGAUCUGCGCAAUGCCAUCCUU